GUGGCAGCGGUGGGUCGAGGCAGUGGAGUCCGAGAGGUUAUGAUGGCGGCGGCCGCGGCGGCUCGGGUGCGGGCGGGGACGCGGCGGGGUCCGGCGCUCUGGCAGAUGCCGUGGCUGCCGCUGGUGGCGGUGGCGGCGGCGUCGGCGGCGUCGGCGGCGGAGCAGCAGGUGCCGCUGGUGCUGUGGUCGAGUGACCGAAACCUGUGGGCUCCCGCAGCCAACACCCACGAGGGCCAUAUCACCAGCGACAGGCAGCUGUCUACCUACUUAGACCCCGCCCUGGAGCUGGGCCCCCGCAACGUGCUGCUGUUCCUGCAAGACAAGCUGAGCGUCGAGGACUUCACAGCCUACGGAGGCGUGUUUGGAAACAAGCAGGACAGCGCCUUUUCUAACCUGGAGAAUGCCCUGGACUUGGCCCCCUCCUCGCUGGUCCUUCCCGCCGUCGACUGGUACGCGGUGAGCACUCUGACCACCUACCUGCAGGAGAAGCUCGGGGCCAGUCCCCUGCACGUGGACCUGGCCACCCUUCGCGAACUGAAGCUCAACGCCAGCCUCCCGGCCUUGCUGCUCAUCCGCCUGCCCUACACAGCCAGCUCGGGACUGAUGGCACCGAAGGAAGUCCUCACAGCCAAUGAUGAGGUCAUUGGGCAGGUGCUGAGCACACUCAAGUCCGAAGAGGUCCCGUACACGGCAGCCCUCACCGCCGUCCGCCCUUCGAGGGUGGCCCGUGAUGUAGCCAUGGUGGCUGGGGGGCCAGGUCGCCAGUUGCUGCAGAGACCGUCGGCGUCGGCUGCGAUCCACCCGCCUGUGAGUUACAACGACACUGCCCCCCGGAUCCUGUUCUGGGCGCAGAACUUCUCGGUGGCAUACGGGGGCCGCUGGGAGGACCUGACCUCCCUCACCUUUGGGGUCCAGGAUCUCAACCUCACCGGCUCCUUCUGGAAUGACUCUGUUGCCUGGCUGGCGCUGACCUACGAUCAGCUCUUCGGUACCAUGGUGACAUUCAAGUUCAUUCUGGCCAACCGCUUCUACCAGGUGUCUGCUCGGCACUGGUUUACCCUGGAGCGCCUGGAAAUCCACAGCAACGGCUCCGUCGCCUCCUUCAAUGCCUCCCAGGUCACGGGGCCCAGCAUCUACUCCUUCCACUGCGAGUACGUCAACAGUCAUAACAAGAACGGCGACCUGCUCGUGCCCAGCACACAGCCCUCUCUCUGGCAGCUGACUUUCCAGGACUUCCAGAUCCAGGCCUUCAACGUGACGGGUGAGCGGUUCUCCUACGCCAGUGACUGCGCCGGCUUCUUCUCCCCGGGCAUCUGGAUGGGGCUGCUCACCUCGCUCUUCAUGCUCUUCAUCUUCACCUACGGUCUGCACAUGAUCCUCGGCCUCAAGACCAUGGACCGCUUUGAUGACCACAAGGGCCCCACCAUCGCUCUGACCCAGAUCGUGUGACCCUGCACCUGGGGAGUGUCGAGCUCCCGCUUGGGGCAUGCUGGACAGGAGGGCUCCCCCUCUUCCUUACGUAGCAUGAGUCCCCGGCUCCCCGGAGCCUGUCGGCUCCAUGUUCAGCCUGCUGAGGGUCUUCCCUGGGCCGCCCACUCCCCCUCUGUACCAAUAAGGUGUAUAUAUUCUGCGUAGACAGUAGGUGAAUCUCCCAGGGUUGGUUUGGUCAUUGCGAGGGAUGGGGCCGUGAGUUCUAGGCCCCCUCCUCUUCCCUCUUUCUCCUUAUUUAUUCUCACGUCUCCACCUUGGCCCCUUGCUGUUUAUAGUGCUUUUGUGUAGCUAGUGCUCCCUCCCCAGACUCUGGGGGGCUCCCUGCAGCAGCCAGGAGCUGGAAGUUCCCCGAGUUUGGGGGCUGUGGAAGUAGUUUACUGUCUGUCCUGCUUGGCUGGAGUCAUUGUUUGUGGUGAUGUUGUGCUAGCAACAAGCAGUACACUGGGGUUUGUGUCUUUGGCCUGAGAGGGAAGGGACCUCCAUUGGCAGGUGGGCUGGGUGGGUGUGAUCACUGGGUUUCUGGCGUGUUCCUGCCAGGUUUGUUCGUGGUUUCCUUCCUAAUAAAAUAAAGACGGGUCGCCAUG